AUGGCCGACUCGGAGAGCCAUUAUGCCUUCGACGAUGGUCCCGAUGACGAGCAGUCCAUCAUCUCGACUCGAGGACUCGAGGCCUUUAGCCGAAAGGUCACUGUAACGGCCAGCCAGCUCAUGGGCCCGGCCGCAGAGGCAUCCGGAGCCCACUACCGCGCCGCCAUGGCCGAGGUUCACAAGCAGAUGAAGCGCCCCAGCGUCCAGCGCGGCAUGUUCUCCAUGGCCCGGUCCAGCCCGACCGAGAUUGUGCGGUCCAAGCUGUCCACGGCCGAGAUCCAGCACCGCGCCCUCACCCACCUGCCCGACGAGCUGCUGUCCAACAUCCCCGACCACCAGAACGCCUACUCGCUCUUCCAGGGCUUCCAGGCCAGCUUCCCCGAGCUGGCCCAGGACGGCAAGAAGCACCGCCGCCGCCCGUCGAGGGGCCGCAAGCUACUGGAGGAGGGCGAGGGCACGCCCGCGACGCCGACCAAGCUGGCACAGCUCAAGAAGGAGAAGACGGCCAUGGUGCACGAGCUGGAGCUUCUGGGCGUUCGCAAGAGCAUGGUCAGUUGCGAGAUCCGCGAGAUUGACAACAAGAUUGCCAACCUGUACGGCAUGCGCCGCAUUGUGCUGGAGCGGUUGGCGGGCUUUGAGCAGGACGAGGCGUCGCUUGAGCAUGAUGUCAUGGAUCUCGAAUUGAAAAUCGACGAAGUCCAAGCCAUUGUCGACGAGGCCGAGGAUUUUGCUCGCAACACCGCCACCAAGGACGAGCGAGAUCUAGUAGGAGAUGCCGACGACCACGACCCCGAAUUCAUGUCCAAAUCCGUCUAUGAGAAGCUGCCCGCCACCGAAGGCAAGCAGCGCAAGACGAAAAAGGUUCAUCGCCGGAAAUCCAUGGCCAUCCUGCACGAGCACUUUGCCCCGGGAUCCAACAUUCGAGAAAUCCGAGCCCACCGAGAUACCAUUACCGCCAUGGAUUUUGAUGCGCCUUUUGGGACUUUGGUUACUGCUGCGCUGGACGACACCGUCCGAGUCUGGGAUUUGAACGCUGGCCGAUGCAUGGGCUAUCUAGAGGGCCACACGGCUUCGGUGCGUGCUCUGCAGGUCGAGGAUAACAUUUUGGCUACUGGUUCCAUGGACGCCACCAUCAGGUUAUGGGAUCUGAGCAAAACACAUUACAACCCUCAGGGCGGAAAGGAGGUUGGCGAUGACGACGAGGACGCCAUUGCCUUUGAGCACCCCGAUGCCCAGCCGAUCGAGCCGCCAGAGGGCAGCAUGGACGACUGCGCGCUCUUUACCCUGUCAUCUCACGUCGACGAAAUCACCGCGCUUCACUUCAGGGGAGAUGUCUUGGUGUCCGGCUCGGCAGACAAGACGAUCCGGCACUGGGACCUGGAAAAGGGCCGCUGCGUGCAGACGCUCGACGUCAUGUGGGCUGCUGCUCAGGCGUCAGCCAUUGCGACGACUGACGAUACGUGGAGGCCGACUGGCCGAGCUCAGGGAACCAGCGCCGACUUCGUCGGUGCCUUGCAGGUAUUCGAGUCGGCGCUGGCGUGCGGUACGGCCGACGGCAUGGUGCGCCUGUGGGACCUCCGAAGCGGCCAGGUUCACCGGAGCUUGGUGGGCCACACGGGGGCCGUGACAUGUCUGCAGUUUGACGAUGUGCAUCUGGUGACUGGCAGCUUGGACCGAAGCAUCAGGAUAUGGGAUCUUCGAACGGGGUCCAUCUACGACGCCUACGCCUACGACAAUCCCGUCACCAGCAUGAUGUUUGAUGCGCGACGGAUCGUCAGCGCGGCCAGCGAGGACGUGGUCAAGGUGUACGACAAGGUCGAGGGCCGGCAGUGGGACUGCGGCGCGGGCAUUGCCGGGGCCGAGGGCUCCAAGAACGCCGCCAUCGUCGAGCGUGUGCGUCUCAGAGACGGCUACCUGGUGGAGGGUAGGCGGAACGGCAUUGUGGGUGUAUGGACGUGUUAA